AGCUGCAGUCAUGGCACCAGAGUUACCAAAACCUGAAGUUGUGCAUGGACAAUAUAGUGGGAAGAUGACUCCAUUUCUUGUCUUUUCUUGUAUGGUGGCUUCCAUGGGGGGAGUUAUUUAUGGCUAUGACAUUGGAAUUUCAGGUGGAGUGACCUCUAUGGAGCCAUUUCUAGAGAAAUUCUUCCCAGAAGUGAACACAAAAAUGAAAGAAGACGCAAAGAUUAGUAACUACUGCAGAUUUGAUAGCCAACUAUUAACCGCCUUCACAUCUUCCCUCUAUGUUGCUGGCCUUGUGGCCUCAUUCUUUGCAUCCUCAGUCACUAGAGCCCUUGGCCGCAAGUCAUCAAUAUUGGUCGGAGGUACAGCAUUCCUUGCUGGUUCAGCCCUCGGCGGUGCCGCUUUUAACGCGUAUAUGCUCAUAUUUGGCCGUGUCUUGCUUGGAAUUGGAGUUGGUUUUGCCAAUCAGUCAGUACCAGUUUAUCUCUCAGAAAUGGCACCACCAAGACACAGAGGUGCAAUCAACAAUGGCUUCCAACUCUGCGUUGCAGUUGGGGCGUUGUCAGCUAACCUUGUUAACUAUGUUACUCAGAAGAUCAAGGGUGGUUGGGGUUGGAGAAUUUCCCUAGCAAUGGCGGCAGUCCCCGCUUCAAUGCUAACAUUAGGUGCGAUCUUCCUUCCAGAUACGCCUAAUUGUCUAAUCCAACGCAGCAACGAUCACCAAAAGGCCAAACUGAUGCUGCAACGUGUACGAGGCACUGCUGAUGUCCAAGCAGAACUUGAUGAUUUAAUACGAGCAAACUCAAUCUCAAAAACUGUUAAAUACCCAUUUCAGAAAAUCAUACGAAGAAAAUACAGGCCCCAACUAGUAAUGGCAAUAGCCAUGCCAUUUUUUACACAAGUUACAGGUAUUACAGUCAUAGCGUUCUAUGCUCCAAUAUUGUUCAGGACGGUUGGUCUAGGUGAAAGUGCAUCGCUCAUGUCCACAAUUGUAACCAGCCUCAUGGCUACAGGAUCAACAUUCAUAUCGAUGCUUGUAGUCGAUAAACUUGGACGAAGAGUAUUGCUUUUAGUUGGGGAGAUCCAAAUGUUUGUGUCACAUAUAAUCGUUGGAGGGAUUAUGGCAACUCAGCUAGGUGAUCAUGGUGGAUUGAGCAAAGGGUAUGCUUAUAUAGUCUUAGUUCUGAUAUGCAUAUUUGUGGCUGGAUUUGGGUGGUCAUGGGGGCCAUUGGGAUGGUUGGUUCCAAGUGAGAUUUUGCCCUUGGAGAUCAGAUCAGCAGGGCAGAGUAUUACUGUUGCAGUGUGUUUUCUCUUUACUUCUAUUGUUGCACAGACAUUUCUAGCCAUGCUUUGUCACUUCAAGUCAGGGAUUUUCUUCUUCUUUGGAGGAUGGGUGGUGCUGAUGACCUCAUUUGUGUACUUUCUUUUACCAGAGACUAAAAAUAUUCCACUUGAACAGAUGGAUAACGUGUGGAGGGUGCAUUGGUUUUGGAAAAGAAUUGUGGGGGAAGUGGAUGGAGAGACUGAGAUGCAAGAACCAUGAAACUCAAAAUUAAUACAUUGAAAGGUCAAUUUGCAAUUUUUUUUUUUUACUAUUUCUGCUUCAAAACAAGCCAAAGUAUCUUACAGCUGGUGCCUGCUAGCCAGUCAUAUUAGAAAUAGAAGGAUAAUCGUUAAGUUAACUCUAUCCAAUGUAAAGCAAAGAUUCAUUCAUUACAUGAAUCUUUUCUUUCUCAAUUUAUC